AUGUCACCACUCAAAAUUUGUCACUUUUUCACACUCUCCAUCAUCCUCAUGAUACUACAGCUUCUUUCAUUGAUGAAAUCUACAAAUUCCAUUCCGGUUUUUUACGUGGACAAUCAUAACCACAACAACUACAAUCAUACAUCAUGUGGACUCUCUCCGAACUCUCCAUGUCCAUCCAUCACACUCGUGUUAGAACAAAUUGAAUCUCAUCCAUCACUCUAUAACAAAUCAGGACAUGUUUAUAUUGCGUCUAGUCAUCAAGUAUAUGAUGAAAGAAAUUUUGAAGCGAAAUUAUUUCCGUUUGAAGAAAUCAUUUUGGAAGGAGGAUGGAACUAUGAUGAAAAUAAUAAUUAUAACAAUUAUAACAAUUAUAAUAACAAGGCUUCACAACCCGAAACAAUAAUUGAAAAUUUUAUCACUCUACUUGCUCGACAAAUGACAGCCAAGAAAAUUCAUUUUGUGAAUUGGAGCAAAUCAAACAACAGAGAUAUUCCUGAAAUUGCAUAUUUUCAUGAAUGCAAGUUUGAGAAUAUUACCUUACGAUCCAUUGUUUCAUAUCAAAUUUCGAGUUUUGAAAAGUGUCAAUUUGUAAAUAGCUCUCGAUUUCUAGUUCCAGCGAAUACUUCCAUUCUUGAUUCGAAUUUUACACAAUCAAGUAUUGAAUUUAUUGGUGAUCUGAACCCUACCAUUUCAUCAUUUCAAGUGAGUCACUCAAGGUUUUAUGCGUCAAGAAUUGACAUUCCUGUUGUAAACACGAGAUCUAUUUUUUCUGGUGUUGUGAAUGAGUGUUUAUUCGAACAAUCCGAUUGGUCAUUGACAAAUUUACAUGAAUUGAACGUUUCACAAACACAAUUGAAACACUCGAUCAUCAUGAGCUCUUUUACAGACAUGAUACGAGUGGAUGACUGUUCCAUGACAGAACAAUCUUCCAUUCAAAUUCAAUCUGGAAAAUUAAUCAACUUUUCAAAUUCCAAAUUUUACAACUCGAUGCUUUCUGUGACUUCUUCGAUGGCUGUUCAGAUACGUACUUGCUCGUUUUAUAAUAAUACUGAAAAUGUGAGUGUCAAGAUUCGUGAUUCUGGUGUGAGUGUGGAUUAUUGCCAUUUUCAAAAUAAUCAAAAAGGAGCUAUUUGGUUGAAUAAUGAAAAUGUAUGGAAUUUUCCACUUUCAAUUCUUGCAUCCAAAUUUGUGAACAACCGUCGUAACAUGAAAGACGACGACGGUACACCUCGAUCGAGCAUGGAUGAUGAUCGACCUUACGGAGGAGGAGCUCUCUUUCUUUCACACUCGAGUUUGUCAUUGUUUGAUUGUGACUUUAUAGGGAACCAAGCGAUCAAUGGCGGAGCAAUCAUGGCAGAACAUUUUAAUUAUCUUGAAAUCUCAUACUCGACAUUUACCAAUAACACUGCCAUGGAAAAUGGAGGAGCAAUUUAUUAUCUCCAAAGAAAUGCUGCAAUCCAUGGAAAUGACAGUCAUAACUCUCUAUUUUCACAUCGAACGGUGGCAGAUGAUUUGGACUUUUAUCUCUCAUCAUGUUCCUUCUUCAAUAAUCAUGCCCAUGUGAAAGGAGGAGCUUUAUAUCUUUCACAGCAUGAACAAUAUGGAGAAUAUAUUUCAACUAGUCUUGAUUUUUCUUGUAUGAAUAAUAGUGCGAAUUAUGCAGGAGGAUGUCUAUUCGUUGAGAAUAUGAUGGGAGCCAUUGAUCAAACUAAAAGCAAAUUUGAGGGAAAUUCUGCCCUUUCGUAUGGAAGUUUGACAGCUGGACCAUUAAGAAAUAUAUCUUUUGAAAUUUCCAUCGUCGAGUCGUACAAGGAAAUGACACCUACUCGACGAAUCUUUAAAAAUCCAGAAAUUCCACAAUUGCGUCUCUAUCCAGGUUAUAAAAUUCCAUUCGUAAAUGUGUCGAUAUGGAAUGAAGGUGUGGAAAAACUCAAGCAUGCAGAGAAGAGAAUUUCAAUUCAAAAAUUCGAACAAGAGAAUGGUGUCACCUUUUUCCAAAAUUCAGAGUUACAUGAAUUCACCAUUCGAGAUUUCAAUGUACUAGCUUUGAACGAUACCAAACAAAUUGUGAAGGCACUGUUAUACAUUGAUGAGACAGCAAGUAUUGAAAUGAAUAUUUUGAUUGAAGAAUGUCCCAUUGGAAUGAUGUUAUAUACCUUCACCUCUUUUGGAGGUAUUUGUGUGGAAUUACCAAAACCUAAUCUUGGAUUAAUCAUUCCUCUUGCUCUAUUAGGGCUAGUUUUGACAUGUUUUAUUUUGAUCAUGCUCGUGUAUGGAAUGAAAUGUAUCAUUCAUCGAUUACAUCGACUUUACAAAAAGGAAGCUUCAGAGAGAGCAUUUGAACGAGUGUUAAAUUAUUCAAAAGUAGAGUUGUGGAAUGAGGAUCAAGAUACUUUUAAUGAAACAACCAAUCUAUUACAAAGUGUAAAACCCAUAUCCUCUUUGAGUCAAAAAUAUGUCAUACCCAUUGAAGAGAUUCAAGUUGGAAAACGAAUUGCUGAAGGAUCUAAUGGAAGUGUUUAUAUUGCGAAUUGGCAUGGUACAACUGUUGCCUUAAAAACUCUAAAAGAAGAACAAGAGAUGGAUGACAAGGAUUUUGAACGAGAAGCAGUUUUAUUAAGCUCAUUACGUCAUCCCAAUAUUGUCAAUUUCUUAGGUGUCUGCAUGUCAGCUCUGAACAAGAAACACUUGAUUCAAGAAUAUUUACCACGAGGAUCAUUGGAAAAGUUAAUUUUUGAAUGUCGAAAGGGAAUUCAAUUCGUAACGGUCAAACAAAAAAUUGAAAUUUUACUUGGAAUAGCACGAGGAAUGGCCUAUUUGCAUGGAAUUAAACCAAAACCAGUCAUUCAUAGAGAUUUAAAGCCGGCGAAUAUAUUAUUGGAUCAUUGGUUGAAUAGCAAAGUGUGUGACUUUGGAUUGUCAAGAAUUAAGGGAACUGCAACAUCAGCAACGACUCAAGUGGGCACGUUUUUCUACAUGGCCAAUGAAAUGAUUGAAGGUAAAAGCUACAAUGAAAAAGUUGAUGUUUUCAGUUUUGGUAUUAUCAUGUGGGAAUUAUUCUUUGAGGAGAGUCCUUAUAAUAAUUUCAAUUCUGACAAGCUUUACAAAGUUAAAAGAGAGGAAGAAGAAAAUUCUGCAGGUUGUGGUCUUUCGGUGGUGUUUCAAGUGGCGAAAGGUCUUCGUCCAGUAAUUCCAUUUUCAACCAUUCAAGAACAGAAAGAAUGGACCACAGAGUUUGUUUUGGGCCGUAAAGAUAGGGUGCAACAAGGGGCUACACUCGAAACGUUGAUUCAAGUCGAAAAUGAAUAUUUUCAAGUGAUGAAAGAGUGUUGGGAUGCAACUCCAGAGAAUCGUCCUUCGUUUUUAACCAUUAUUGAACGAUUGAAUCAAUGCUUGAAAUUAUUUGAGUGA